CACUAUCGCUGUCAAACAACUUGUAGCGGUUCCGGGUUGUGCAACCACGUGAAUCUCUGUCCAGUCGGCUACGGGUCGCGAGAAGGUUUUGACAAAGUUGUUCCCUUGGUGUUCUGUAAAAAAUUGCUGUUCCAUGGAGAUUUCCUGCGUUUUUCGCAGGCUGGGGACCGGGAAUAGAUCGCUGUGGUCAGUGCUUGGGUCGGCUGGAGCUGUAAGGCGCAGUUGUAGGGUUUCUUUCGCUUAUUCGGAGAAUAAAAGCAAGUGCAUCUCCAAAUCCUGGGCGGAGAGGGCAGCAAGGUCUCGUCCCUAUAAAGGUGCAUUAUGUCGACUUACCUCCACUGAUGCCACCCAAGCUACAUUGGCCAGUGUAGCCCCAGUAUUUGCUGUGAUGCAAUUUGACAAAGCAGGAAAUAUAAUAUCAUAUGAAAGGAAAAAAACUGAAUUAUAUCAGGAGUUGGGUCUUCAAGCACGAGAUUUAAGAUUUCAGCAUCUGGUCAGCAUAAACUCGAGAAAUAGAAGGAUUAUUUUAAGAAUGGAGUUCUUAAAAGCUGUUAUAACACAAGACUAUCUUUUGAUACUGGACUAUCGAAACUUGCACCUGGAACAGUGGUUAUUCAGAGAAUUAGCACCUCAGUUAGCAGGAGAAGGACAGCUGGUCACAUAUUCUUUGCCUUUUGAAUUCAGAGCUUUGGAAGCAAUUUUACAGCACAGGAUCAGCACUCUUCAAGGGAGACUUCAGUUUUUGCAGCCCCAUAUCCUGGAAACCUUGGAAGCUUUGGUGGACCCCAAACUUCUGUCAAUUGAUAGAAGCAAAUUGCACAUUUUACUGCAAAGUGGAAAAAGUUUAUCAGAAUUAGAAACUGAUAUUAAAGUAUUUAAAGAAGCAAUCCUAGAAAUCCUGGAUGAGGAUGAACUGAUAGAGGAGUUAUGUCUUAGCAAACACACGGAUCCUCCAGUUCCAGAAGAGAACAUAUCCAGGAUAGACCAUGCUGAAGAAAUGGAACUACUGCUGGAGAAUUAUUACAGACAAGCAGAGGACCUUGCAAAUGCAGCUAGAGAGCUGAGAGUGCUUAUUGAUGAUUCAGAAAGUGUCAUUUUCAUCAACCUGGACAGCCACCGAAAUGUCAUGAUGAGGCUGAACUUACAGCUAACCAUGGGAACGUUCUCUCUUUCCCUUUUUGGACUCAUUGGGGUGGCCUUUGGUAUGAAUCUGGAGUCUUCAUUUGAAGAGGAUCCCCAAGUGUUUUGGUUGGUUACAGGAAUUAUGUUUCUGGGCAGUGGAUUGAUAUGGAGAAAACUGCUUUCAUUUCUUGGAAGGCAUUUAGAGCCAUCUAUGCCUCCCCCAGUGCCUUCAUUGCUUAAGAGAACAUACCCAUUAAGUGGAAGAGUAGACGGCAGGAAUGGCCACAAGGUAUAAUCAUUCACAUCAAACAGAAGCUUCAUGAUGAAUAAAUGCGCUUCUGAGCAACAAUAUAAGGACAUGACUGUUACCUGAAAGGUGAAGAAUAUGUGAAAGGAUCAAGAGGACUUUGUUGAUCUGCCUGAUCUUCAUUAUAUCUGCACCAUGCUGGAUUUGGGCUGUUUUAUCAUGUUUAGGACACACACAGAAGCAAUAUUUUAAAAAAACAAGCACAAUCUGGCUUGUCAUACAUUUGUUGGUAUAUACUGUGGGUAUAUGAGUAUGCUCUGGUUUUAGGCAUGUUUUACUCUUUUCUGAAAUAUAAAAUACAGGAAGAUUGCAGAAUACUGUGUAUAGGUGCAAGAGAACGUCUCCAGGGAUUCUUUGCAUCUGUCAGAUGUUUUUGUUUUCAUAAAGGCUGGUAGGUGGAACAGAGAGUGCCAGAGAUCAUUUGUAUAACAAGUCAUGGAAGGAAAUAAAAAAUAAGGUAUCCUUGUGCUCUAUACUGCAGAUAUUGAAAUGCUGCCAUGUAUGGUUUCUGUACUUUUAUAUGUAUGUUGGACAUUACAGUAAUGAACACUUUCUUAUUAAAUCAGGGAUGUCCUGCU